ACCUCCCAAAAUUGGGCCAUUUUCCUAACCCUAGGUACCCAUCACCGCCAUCACGACAUAAACCUUCCGGAGAAGAACCAACCUCAAUCUCUCUCAACCUUCACUCCAUUCUUCAAUUCACCUCUAUUCUCUUCUCUUUCCUCAAUUUGCACCCAUUGAAGCUGCGUUGAACCACUCUCCCUCUCUCUCUCUCUCACACACACACACACUGAAUCCGAAACCCACAACUCUAUGUACCUGAAGAUCACCGUGUUUUCUUCUACCUGCCCACAGUGGAUCCUCCUAAGGCUCAGAUCGAGGUAAACCCUACUCGAUUCAGAAUCAGAUUCAGUGGUUUUGUUGUGUUCUUCUGUUUUUCUUUUUGGGGAAUGCAAAUUCAGAGUUGGUGGUGAUUUGUGCAAGUUAUGAUUUGGACACUUGAAAUUGUUGGGUAUGCCCUCACUUGGUUCACUGGUUUAGAUUAAUAGUUAAAGUUAAGAUUUUUUCAUUUGGGUCUUGAAGAUUUUUCUUUUCUUUUUUUGCCCCUUUUGGUUGACUAGUUGAUUAGGUUUGGAUAGUGAUGUCUGUGAACAAUAAUAACCCUUCUAAGGGCAUUGGGGCCCCUUCCUCAUCCUUUGGCAAUGCUGGAAUACCCUCCCCUUCAAACCCUGGGUUUUCACAGUCCCAAGCUCAAGCCCAGCUUGCUGCUGGUUUUCAAGGCCAGUUUCCACUGUCCCAAGCACAUGCUAUUGCCCAAGCACAGUCUAAGGCUCAGGCUCAGGCUCAGGCUCAUGCUCAAGCAGCAGCUCAUGCUCAACUCCAGGCUCAUUUGCAAGCUCAAGGGUUGACUCUUAAUCCGAAUCAGUCUGGUGGUUUGGGGAAUUUGGGGGUGUCUCCGUCGCAGUUGGGCUCGACGCCCGGCAAUGCGAGUGGAAAGAGGAUCCCUUUGAAACCCCCUAUUCGCCCUUCCGGAUUUUCCCCUCCGAACAACUUCUCGCCUUUGAGACCAAUGGAACUCACGCCAGCUGCACGGAGGAAGAAGCAGAAGCUCCCUGAGAAACAGCUACAGGAUAAAGUGGCUGCUAUCCUGCCUGAGUCAGCUUUGUACACCCAGCUUCUUGAGUUUGAGUCUCGUGUUGAUGCUGCCCUUGCUAGAAAGAAGGUUGAUAUCCAAGAAGCUCUCAAAAACCCACCGUGUAUUCAGAAAACUCUUCGCAUAUAUGUGUUUAACACUUUUGCUAAUCAAAUUCGCACAAUUCCUAAGAAGCCAAAUGCUGAGCCUCCAACCUGGACACUGAAGAUAGUUGGGAGGAUAUUGGAAGAUGGUGUAGACCCUGAUCAGCCUGGAGUAGCUCAGAAGUCAUCUUCGUUGUAUCCAAAGUUCUCAGCUUUCUUCAAAAGAGUAACCAUUGGUUUGGAUCAGAGACUCUAUCCCGAUAAUCACAUUAUUAUGUGGGAGAAUGUUCGAUCACCUGCUCCUCAGGAAGGUUUUGAAGUAAAGAGGAAAGGGGAUAAAGAAUUUACAGUGAAUAUACGGCUGGAAAUGAAUUAUGUACCUGAGAAGUUUAAGCUUUCACCAGCAUUGACAGAAGUUCUUGGUAUUGAGGUUGAUACCCGCCCAAGAAUUAUUGCUGCAAUCUGGCACUAUGUGAAGGCCAGAAAAUUGCAAAACCCAAACGACCCUUCUUUCUUUCACUGUGAUCAGCCUCUUCAGAAAGUAUUUGGGGAAGAAAAGAUGAAGUUCACAAUGGUUUCACAGAAAAUAUCACAGCAUUUGUUCCCUCCGCAACCUAUACUUUUGGAGCACAAGAUCAAGCUCUCAGGAAAUAGUCCAGUUGGUACUGCUUGUUAUGAUGUAACAGUUGAUGUUCCUUUUCCUAUUCAGAGGGAGUUGUCUGUAUUAUUGGCUAAUGUGGAGAAGAACAAAGAGAUUGAAACAUUGGAUGAAGCUAUAUGUGGAAUCAUUAGAAAAAUCCAUGAGCACCGUAGGAGACGGGCAUUUUUUCUUGGUUUCAGUCAAUCUCCAGUAGAAUUUAUUAAUGCCUUGAUUGAAUCUCAAAGCAGGGAUCUGAAACUUGUAGCUGGAGAAUCUAGUCGUAGUGCUGAAAAAGAGCGUCGAUCAGAUUUUUUCAAUCAACCAUGGGUUGAAGAUGCUGUUAUUCGUUAUUUGAAUCGCAAACCAGCUGCAGGAAGUGAUGCUCCAGGAAGCACAUGACACCAGCAGUGCCAGGGCUCCUUUAAAUCAUUCAUCCCUUUUGGCGAUGCAUUUUAAUACAUAUUAUGGAAAUUUCUGAAGUAGCUAGUUUUUCAACUUCCAUGCUGUAUUAUUGGCGGGAAGGAAUGUUGCUCCAUAGUAAUGCAAUAUCUUGUAUGGUUUGUGAGAGCACAAAAGUUGCAGUUGUAGGCAAAAAAUGGUGCCAUAGUUACGCGUUUCUCUAGUUGUAGUCCACUUUUGUGGAUUCUUUGGUUACCUCACAGUUCUCCUGUCCUUGCAAAAUGCUUUACAUCAUGAAAAAUUUGUAUUGGGAAGAAUUGAUUGGUGUACAGUAUCUUACUAUCUUUAGUUGUCUUAUGACAGCAUAGGUGAAGAGAAAAUGAAUGUUGCAUGCCAUGACUGUCUUAUUUAAUCCACGUAGCUUUUGUUGGCAUUACCUUUUGGACUGUUACUUGUUCAAU